AUGCGUUUGAAAUCCGAAAGGAGAAUGAGGAAGUUCCUCGUCGAGCAGUUGAAAGCCCGUAAACAACACGGAGCUAGAAUCGCACAGGGAGGUAAAGUCAAGACCGAAAGUGAAUUACAAAGUCUAAACCUUGCCCCGCAGGUAUUCAUCUUCAAGAACUUGUUCAGUGGGCAAAUACUAUACUCACAAGUUCCCGCUUACCACCAGGAUCAGCUCGAUCAUCAAUUUUGGAAUCCCAACUGGCAAAAUCGGAAACCAUCGCGGAGACAGGACUUGUGGAAGAUCAUGUGUAUUGCCAAUUUUAACAACUACGAGUACUCCGAAGCUGCGUAUAAGGGGUUGCUUUUGUUGAGGCAGUUGCGGUCGCUGAAGGAAGCCAAUGAAAUGAGAAGGAAAAACGAUGAUGGGAAUAUUUGGUAUUCGGGCCAGUUCAGGCCGACGUAUUCGCAAGAGGCGGUGGCUGACUUGUCGCAUGUCAUUGACGAGUUUGAGUUGGAAGGCACGAAAUUAUACUGGGAAAACGAGUGGAGGAAAGGCGAUGAAAAACACUGGAACUUGGACUUGGUCGAGCACGACAAGUUGCCUGUUCAUGGACCUCAACAACAGACGAUAAUGUUGGAUGUGAUGAGGGCUAGAGCAGUGGAGGAGUUUGCGCGACAAAGAGAGCAGUUGCAAGCCAACUCUGCUUGA